AUGCCAGCUCGAGGUAUGCCUGAAGUCAGAAGCAGGGAAGUUGCCCCGGAGACCUUCCAGGUCGACGGGGCAUCACCAAAAUCGAUGCCAGCUUUUGAUCCAGAUGCUAAACAUUUAAAGGGCGCAGAGGAGAUGGAUGUCAACAUGACAAUGCUACAGCUCUUUCAGGAAAAGAAAGUUCCGAGCGCAGAAGCUUUGGACAACUUGUUAGCCAAGCGAGCUGACCCCAACCAUCGAUAUGAACAGCAGUUCAAGCUACAUGGCCCGGUGUUUGCUGAUGGCUGCCCCUUGCAGUUUGGAGUGACUUCAGGGGAUCGAUCGCUUGUUCAGCUGUUAAUACAGUACCGAGGUGACAUCCAGACCUCUAGCUACAGCAAAAAGGCUGGUGCGAGUCAAGUUGUUUGGCGUGGGACUGCACCCUUUGCAGCACUUCCAUCAGAUAAUGUUGAUAUGCUGAGACUCUUGGUCGAGAGCCACAGUGUGUCCGCCAAUUUGACAUCCUAUUUAGGCGAAAAACCAGGGGCAAGCUUGCUUUGGAAUUCGUCCUACUUUGGGGCUUUGAAGUGCACCCGGUAUUUGCUCGAAGUGAGAGCUGCCAUCGACAAGACUGCACCAUUUCAGGACAUCAAAGGAUUGGACUAUGCUCCGCUCCACGUCGCUGCUAGGGUGGGAAAUGAAAAGUGCUGCGAGCUUCUGCUGGACUUCGCAGCAAACAUCAACGAACAGUCUCAUGUAGAAAUCCCUGCUCAGAGUGACCUGAAAGGAAGAUGGUAUUUUACACCUCUGGAUGCAGCUAUUGAGACAAGUCAAAUUGCAGUGGUGAAGCUGCUCCUGAAGAGAAAGGCUGAUUUAAUUGACCCGAAGGCUGCAGCUACAUACCAGCUUACGUCUCAAGCAGACCACAUCCAAGUCAACAGGUAUAAUUACUCUCUGCAAAUGCUACUUCGAAGUGGCAACAGCAGGGUGAUCUCAGAAGUCGCUCAAGCUUUGCAGGACUCCUGGCAUCAAGUUACCCUCCUGACCGUUCAGGACAUAACACGAUUCCUGCAGACACCAGGUGAAGCACCCGUGAACCUCAUGAAGGCAUUAUUCUAUGAAUCAGGUCAAAUCAAGUACUGGCACAAGGUGCAGGGCGACUUGUCCAGCAAAGGCCCUGCGGGUACCAGAAAGCAAAGCGUAGCAAAGUCACAAGUCACAGCAGUCACAGACACAGCGAAGAAUUGCCAGGCCCAGUACGUCAUCAACUUUACGGAAGGCCCUUCUCAAGAGGAUGUGGAUUCCCAUUGGAAAAGCAACGGGAGAGCAGAGACAGAGGAAGACAUACCGUCCUUUGUCGCCCGGCUUGCUCCACAGCCAGCAAAGGACAAGACACUCUGGAGGAGAUUCUUUGAUGCGAUCUUGGAAGUAGAGCGAGUCUACCUUCCGGUCAAUUUUUUUGCAUGCCUAGUUCCAAAUUUGCACCACAGUGAAGAGGUGCUUCUUGCCAUUGCAACCUGCCCGAAUCAGGAGAUCUUUCGGCUGCGUGAAUGUGAGGCCAUUGUGUCUUUCAACUGGACCACUGUACAGUAUACGCAGCUCUGUGAUUUGGCCAUCCAGGCAUUGACUUCGCUCCUGGUUUUGCUGUGUAUUUCAACUCUUCGAGACGAGGCACCGGAAUGGUGCAGCAGCUUGACCGUUUUUGCUGGGCUUGCGUUACCUCUUGUCACACUCACCGUCUUUAUGAAAUUUGGAGAGGUGAUUGGCAAUGAAAUACGAAAGCCCUGGGGUUUGUACCUUGAAGUCUUGCUCCAUUUAGCGACCUUUGCCCUACUUAUCGUUUUUAUUGCAAAAGGUCAAGUGACCUGCUCAGAUCGUGGACUGAUCGACAAUCUUUGGAUGAGAUCGGUCAUCAUUGCUGUUAGCUCUCUGCGCCUCAUGAACUGCUGCGAAAUGCUGCGGCUGGCGUACUCCGAAGUGAAUAUGAUUGUCACACCUAUCGUCUCGGCUUUGUUAAAGUCAUUGCCGUUUUGCAUUGCAGUCAUUUACUUCGCCUUCAUCAUGUGGCAAGCCUACUGGACAUUAGAUGUGGAAGAAUGGCAGAAUGGCUGGAAGGCAAUUAUUAUAGCCUGGCGCUUCGCUAUCCUGGGUGACUUUGAAGUGGAUGAGCUGGAGGGUCAAGAAGGCACUUGGCACCAGGUAGCCGAUGGCCAGGGCGGAACGAUGCUUACCUAUGAGGACCCAGAACUCACAAAGAACGCCACGGUUGUGCGUGGUGUUUUUAUUGUGCUUUGUGGCAUCAUGUUCCCCGUGCUGAUCAUGAACAUUCUGAUUUCUGUGCUUAGUGUCUGGCUUGAUUUCGCGAUCAAAAACGUGUGGCUGGACUUUCAGCAGGCAAGAGCGAGAAGAGUUCUCAGGUACAAGGCGAUGACCUACAUUUGCAAAAGUCGAAAGAGGUAUCCUGCUGAGGAGUGCUUACAUUGCAAUUCAUAUCCAGCGAAAGGUUCUGCCUGGCUUUGGGGGUGGAGAAUUCUGCUUGGUACUGUAGUGUUCGGUCCAGAAACCACUUUCCUUUUCAGAAAAGCCAAGACACCAUUUGUGCUACCCUAA